ACUUGCAGGGGGCGAGAGGCGAGAAGGAGGCGACCCUAACCCCAUUUUCAGUUGCAGGAGGCGAGAGGCGAGAAGCUCUGCUCGGUACAAAUUUUCUUGUCUACCACUCGAUCUACCAUCUUCAAGUGAGAAAAUGUCAACUUCAAAACAAGCAGUUAAUGAGACUGCAAAAUGGAGCCAAGCAAAUGUAGACACCCUUAUUGUUCUGAUGGUAGAGGAAGUUAAGAAAGGAAAUAGGACUACUUCGACUUUUAAUAAAGCUGGUUGGAACAACAUUGCCAAUAACUUCAAAGAAAAAACUGGGGUCAACUAUGCCAUUAUACAGUUGAAGAACAAAGUGAAUAAACUGAGGCAGGAUUAUAGUCAGUUUAAGAAGCUAUUGGAGACAACUGGUUUUGGUUGGGAUACUGCUUCAAGAACUUGUACUGUUGAUGAUGAAUCCAUCUGGGAAUCGCAUAUUAAGGAUAACCCUACUUGGGCACGAUUUAAGAAGCAUGGACUACCACAAUGGCCAGAACUAUGUAUGGUAUUUGGUGAUACAUAUGCAGACGGCGAAGGAAGUGGGACUCAAACAACCAUGUUGGAAACUUUGGCGGCCGAUGAUGAUAGGAAUAUGAUUGAAUCUUGUGAUGAGUCAAGUUCCGCUGAUGAAGUUACUCCAUUAGGUGACACUCAAACUGAAGCAGUGGAAAAAAGGCCAGCUACUAAGCAUAGGCAUGAUAGGACUCCAAAUGUGAAAAGGAGGAGGAGUAAGUCUAAUGAUUGGUCAAUGGCAUUCAAGGCAAUUCAAGAUAUGAGUAAAUCAAGGGUAGAACGGGAUGCGAGCAUGUCCACUGCUUCAACCCAAAAUACGGAACAGAUGUACGGGAUUACUAGGGCCAUGGAGGUGCUUGAAUCAGGAUAUGAGUUUGCCUUGACCCUACUUUUAACUUUGGUGGUUUGCUAUGUUUUUCUUCACUUUUUAAGAUGUUAUGGAUGACUGUGUCUUGACUUUUUUUUAUAACUGUAGUAUUUGAUGUCCUGAAUAUUUGUUCAUUGUA